AUGGGGACUUCCAAGAAGGGCCAAUGUCCGGGUCAUGUUCGAGGGACUCGGGAAAUUUCCACUGAACAAGCAAGACUGACCGACCCGCUGUUCAUCAUCCGGGCCUUCAUCACGCUCGCUUGCGUCAUUGGCUUCACCUACCAGGCGACAGACUUCUUCGUCAUGUAUUUCAAAUUCCCCACGACCACGAAUAUCCGCGUGGAGUCCAUGAAGGACCUCGUCUUUCCAGCUUUCACCUUCUGCAUCAGCAACUGGAUCGACAUGAGAAAGCUGUGUGCUGACGCGACUCUGAACCAUCUGUGCAAAAGCAACGAUACAAUGCUGCCUCCAAACGCGAUCUUGGCCGCUGUACGAGAACACAACAACUUGGAAUCUCUGGCUUUCGACACGAAAGACGUCAUCAAAAGUUGUCACAUGAAGCCGACGAGCGGUUGUGACCCGUUUGACUGUGACACGGAGUGGUACAAGUCAUUCGUAAGGUACCCGGAUAGCUACUGCUACACGCUAGACUACAACAGGAUCACCAACGAAUCACACGCAUUAAAAAGAUGUCGAUAUCCUUGGGACUACGAAAUGAACUCCACCAUCGGCUGGACGGCAGGACACACCCUCGUGGUGGACCCGUACGGAGCGGACGCUUCGGUCCACGAACACGACACCAACUCGGCUGAACAAGCGCAUUCCUUGUUCUUUGAACCUCAAUCGCGCUACAUCAUACUUGUGGAACAGCAAACAACUCUGGCACUGCCAAAGCCCUAUCAAACGAAAUGUGUUCACUACGAGGUGUGGAAGAGGACCAGCCGUUUUUACGGCAUGAUGACACAGAAUCUGUGCUACGAACAAUGUCGGAUGAAAAAAUGGCACGAGAAGUGUGGCUGCAUCUCCAGCCGGUACGCGUACCGUGACCUUUACGGAGCCCCCAUCUGUAACACCGCACGGACGCAGCACUGCGCAAAGGUAGACGUCAAGGAAAAGUUUACCAAGAAGUGCCUAAAAAAAUGCAGACAGCCUUGCAAGGAAAUAACUUACGAGGUGCAAAUUACCGCUCAAGGGCAGAAGGAAAUAUCAGAUCCAGAAGAGCUCGAUGAGUCCGAGGGUCCACGAAAUUACACGAGUACGAGGAACUUGACCUUCAACAUUAACCUUCUGUUCGCUAGCGAGAAACACACGAUAUUGCAGCACUUAAAGAAAUUCACCUUCAUCGAGGUAUUCGGUUACCUAGGAGGUUAUGUCGGCAUCUGGCUGGGCAUGUCCUUCUUUUCCGUCCUGGAUUCCCUCAUACUGUACAUCAGAGACAGGCAGUUAAAAAAACUGGAGGACAACAAAGUACACCCGGAACUCUCAGACUUACAAGAGCCCAAGGAAACUGACACCAGGACGGCCUUUUUCUAACAUGAGCACCUCGCCGAGUGAUAUGGACGUGUGGCAGCACGGGGACUUCGUCAGUGAAUGACAUACAAUGUACGAUACAAAGUAAUGCGGAUGCUUCGAUAGUCAGCAUUGAGACAGCUUGGCGUCGGAACAUUGGGAGAUGAUACCUCAGUGUCUGAAAUUAUCAAUUGUUAUGCUGUCACAAUUUGUUGCAACGGCGUUACUGCAAUUAACUGUUACAUAUUUGAGCGACCCGAAGUGAAACGAAAUAAAUA